AUGUCGCAUCCCGACGCCGACGAUGCUGCGGCGCCAGCCGACACGACGCUGCGCGACACCGCCAACUUCCCCUCGUCGCGCACGCUCAACUCGUCCUCGCGCCUCUCAAACUACACCGAGGCACCUACGCGCCGCUCCUCCUUCCAGAGCGCACAGGCGAGCCUCUACCAGGAUACCGACGCAUCGCUCGCCUUUGACGAUGCGCGCGAGUCCUUCGAUCUCGACAGCGACCUCGAGCCCACUCGGCCACGCUCAGCUGCCAGCUUCCGCGCCGCAGACGCCAUGCACGCAAACCGCCGCUCCCUCGCUGCGAGCGAAGACGAGCUCGAGACCACCGUAGAUAUCCCUGCCUCGCCGUCGUUCGGCGCGCCGGGUCUCGCGCGCAGGCGCUCCUCCAAACGAACCUCCGUAGAGAUGUCCAGGCCCUUGUCUUCGCUGUCGAGGAGGAGCAGCAUCAGCGGAGCAGGCCACGACGAGCCGCACAACCGUCUCCGCGACGCAGCAGCCGCCGCAGCCAGCCGCUCGUCCCUCUCCAACCGCCGCCACUCGGUCGAGAUCGACCAACUCGCACGCAACAUCAGCCGCGCUUCCACUCCGCACGGCUUUCGCACCGAGGACGAAGACGAUGAUGCGCCCGCGCCACGCCCCGCGUCGCGCUCCGGAAGCUCGCUCGCCCUUCGCCGCUACGACCAGGACGGCGGCUCGUUCAUCAAGCGCGACGGCAGAGACCGAGGCUCCAUCCUGCCGCCGGCGGCAUUCUUUGCGCCCAAAAAGCCCUCCGCACGCAACUCGACCGGCAACUUGCUCGAGUCGACAGCUACCAACAUAGCGCGCAGCACCACCCCGCUCUCGUUCCGAUCCACCACGCCUGCACCCUCCGCGGCGCCCUUGCACAGUGCGAAUGCCGACAGCGUCGACAGUCAGGCAGCACAGGAGGUGCUCGAAUACCGCACCACCUCGCCGACGGGCUACCACCAGCACGCCCGCUCGCCGAGCCCCUGGGGCGUCGCCGCCUCCGUGCAUUCCGCCAGCUCCUCGGUGCGGCACGCACCGGCGAUAGGCUCGGUUGUGACCGACCGAAACGAUGCGCUCAACCCCGCAACCGCACCCGUCACCCCGCUCGGCACACAAGAUGCGUUUGGGCAUGCGGCGGGGCAGGCGUCGCCGCACUCGGUCGUGCGCAUGAUGGCCAGCACCGACCCGCUGCUGCCCGCACGCGCGAUCCCGGAGGCGACCACCGCAUCUGGGCUGGGCCUGGGCACUUUGGAGGCGGCGGCUGCCAGCCAGGCGGCGCGAGCCGACGCGCGGGACAUGCCCGAUCAGCGCGCGAGUCUGCGCAACGGCGGCGCUGAUGCCGCCAAGACGGCUGCUACUGCGGCGGCAGUGCCAAAUGGAAGCGGAAAGGCAGAGCCCGAUGCGGUGGGUGCCCAGGUCAAAGGCGCCAAGCGAGGCGUGCGUAACUAUCGCCAGCACAAGGGCGGCAACCGGUUCCUGCUGGGCGGUCUACUGAUGACGUCGAGCGACAACCCGCUGCCGUUCAUCGCGUCGUACCUGCUGCUGCUGGUGCUGGGCGGGCUGUUCUUCGGCUUCGAAGCCAAGUGGCUGUCGGACAAUCUGAGCCCGGCGGUGGUGGCGGUGUUUGCGUACGUGUGGCUGCUGGCGGUUGUCAACAUGGGUGUGACGGCGUGGAAGGAUCCGGGGGUGAUACCGCGCGGGCUGGAUGCGGACCCGCCGUGCGUGCUGGGCGAUACGUCGUACGAGCCGGGGCGGCAGGCGUUGGCGGACCCGGAGGAUCCGUUGGCGGUGCCCGUGCAGCGCGUGCUGCGCAUCCGCGACCAGACGGUGCAGGUCAAGUGGUGCGAGACGUGCGGCACGUAUCGGCCGCCCCGCAGCAGCCACUGCCGCGUCUGCGACAACUGCGUCGAGAACAUCGACCACCACUGCACCUACCUCAACACGUGCAUCGGCCGACGCAACUAUGUGCCCUUCCUCGUGUUCCUGUCCGCCUCGAUUGUCGCCGCGCUCUACGUCGUGGCGUUUACGGCGGCGAGGUUGGUGUUGAUGACCAAGCCGACCACGUAUCGGUAUCCGCGCGGAGGGGCUGCCGAGGGAUACUCGUUUAAGCAGGCGUUGGAGGAGUCGCCCGUGUCGGCGGUGCUGUUCGUGCUGAGCCUUGCGGCGGCGGCACCGCUGGUGGUGCUGUUGAGCUACCACGUGCGCCUCGUGCUGCGCAACCGCUCGACCGUCGAGCAGAUCCGCAUCAACACCGCACGCGACUACGGCGAACACAAGCAGCUCGAACUCGACCCUGCCGGCGACGACGACGCUACGUCAACGUACGGCGCGGCGGACCGCCCACGCCGCGGCGGGCUGCGCGCCUGGCUCGUCAAGAUCAAGAUCGCCAGGCCCCGGUACAAGGAUCCGAACCCAUUUGCCGCUGCGCGCACGCGCACCAACGUGCGCAACGCACUCGGAUGGAGGAGCCUCGAUCUGGGCAGCUGGAUCGACCGUCGUGCGGUGCACGAGCCGGACACGAGAGCGCCCCACCCGCGCCCCACCGCCGAUGCGCCCGCGACCGAGGCACCGGCAUGGAAAGCAUAA